CACCCGUUACUUGAAGUUACAGAACGCUAGGAAGUUCUUGGAUCAACAGUGAUUGAACGGAACUUCUGUGCCUAUUCGCAACAGCUCAUCGUCGACUUUUUUCAGCAUUUGUUUUUUCUUGAAUACAUAUUCCUUCAAGGUUAUUUUUGUUGCGCUAUUUAUAAACGUAUUUAUUUAAUCAACCGUCAAAAUGGAAACUUCUCAGAUCCGCCAGAAUUACCACCGCGAUAGCGAAGCAGCAAUUAACCGGAUGGUCAAUAUGGAGCUCUUUGCGUCCUACACUUACAUGUCUAUGGCUCACUACUUUGAGCGGGACGACGUGGCACUGUCUGGAUUCGCACACUUCUUCAGUGAGAGCAGUAAGGAGGAGAGGGAGCACGCGGAGAAGCUGAUGUCCUUCCAGUGCAAGAGAGGGGGACACAUUUUCCUGCAGGACAUCAAGAAACCGGAGAGGGAUGAGUGGAGCUGUGGACUGGAGGCCAUGCAGCUUGCCCUGAACCUGGAGAAGACCGUGAACCUGGCCCUGCUGGACCUGCACAAGAUGGCGUCCGACAAGGCUGACCCCCAUAUGUGCGACUUCCUUGAGACUCACUUCCUGAAUGAACAAGUGGAGGCCAUUAAGAAGCUGGGCGACUACGUCACCCUCCUCACCAAGAUGGACACCAGCAAAAACAAAAUGGCUGAAUACCUGUUUGACAAGCACACACUGGGGAGCAGCUGAUUGUGCCAAAAUACUCCCCCAUUUGUUUGGGGGUGAUGAUGGUGCUGCAUGCAUUCCUGCGUACAAUACACCCAAACCAAAGUAUUUACAAAAAGAUUUUAAAAUGUUGAAAAAAAAAAGAAAUAAAUGAAAAAGAUUGAAUAAAAAAUAUUAAACAAUGGCAAA